AUGGCACGAAUAGCGGACGACAGUGACUUCGAAGCGCUGAAACGACUGGUCGACAAUCACGACGGCUGGACGCUCGAGCUGUCCAAGUCCGACACGCAGGUCUACACGCGACCGGUCGCCGGCUGCAACUUCAACAUGGUCAAGAUCCACACCGAGUUCGCGGACGUCACGGCCGACGUGGUGUUCGACGUGCUGCACGAUCCGGACUACCGGAAGGUCUGGGACUCGCACAUGCUGGCGAGCGAGGAGAUCGGCAUACUCAACGUCAACAAUGACGUCGGCUACUACGCAAUGUCCUGUCCGCCACCGCUGAAGCCUCGGGAUUUCGUCCUGCAACGGUCCUGGCUCGACACCGGUCCCCAGGGCGAACAGAUGCUCCUUUCGCGCUCGGUCCCGCACAAGAACUACCCACCCAAGAAGGGCUACGUACGCGCGAUGUCGUACAUCACCGGGUUCGUGUUGCGGACGAAGGAAAACUCAAAGACUGGCUGUAUACUUAAGUACGUAGCGCACUGCGAUCCGCAGGGUACGCUGCCACCCUGGCUCGUGAACAAGGUAACGCACACGCUCGGCCCACGCAUGGUGAAGGACCUCAAGAAGGCUGCCCUCGGAUACGCCGGCUGGAAGCAAACGCAACCGCACCUGCGGAAACCGUGGCGCUUCCCGGAGGAAAUUCGUUGUCCCAGGAUAUCCAUUGAUGAUUGCCUUGACACGACGGCCGGACCAGUAGCACUUCCUCCAGCGUUAGGAUCGGCAAUGGUCCUGCCACAGAAACCCCAACAGACCAACAGCGGUAGCCAAUCGCAACCGGUGCAAACCACCACGCAACGAAAGCUCCCUCAGCUGAAGACACAAACCAACGGCCGCGUGCUACCGAUACUGCAUAAAAAAGCGCAAUCGACACCCGCCUCGCCGGUGGUGGAGGAGCCCAAAUUUCUGCGCCGGGAAGAUUCGAAGGACAUCAAGCUGGACGCCAAAGAGGGCAAGAAAAAAACGAAGGACACCAAGGACGCCAAAGGUGCCGGCAAGGACGAUAACGCUCCGAAGAGCAUCAAGGAGCUGGAGAAGGAAGCGAAGGCAGCGGCAAAGGAGAGCAAAAAGUUGAGCAAAGCGGCCGCCAAGGAGGCCGCCGCAGCCGAGAGUGCGCUGGCGAAGAAGGACAAGAAGGAGAAGGGACUGACCAAGCGGCGGUCACUGUUGAAUCUUAAGUUUUAG